AUGGGAUCCAAUACUUCAAAGCCCGAGACUAAAGUCUUUACACCCGCAACUCCUGUUGACUUUAGUUCAACUUUUUUGUCACAAUUGGAACAAUCUCCAGAGUCUGACUACUCACGGGCUCAAUACACCGAGAAGUACAUUCAAGAUAGAGUAGCUCAAGAAUUACAAAAAUUAGAAGCGCAAACAAUCAAACAAUUCAAAGAAACCACCAACAAAGCCAUUUCUAUUGACAACAACAACAACAACAACAGCAGCAGCUCGUCCGACGCCAAACUGAAACUCUCAGUCACUGAGUCGAGUGCCAAAAUUGCCAAACUAACCAAAUUGUUGGAAGAUAACUCAAAGUUGGAACAAGUUGAAAUAACACCGGCAUUGCAAAACUCAAGAGAACAAGUUAUAAAAUGUUUGAAAGAGAAUCAAGGUAAGAGUCUCAAUUGUUGGGAUGAAGUUGAAACUUUUAGAACAUUGGUAAGAAAUUUAUAG